GAGGGGACGAUCUGAAGUGACACCAUGGCAGCAAUCAGACAUUCCCUGCAGAAGAGUGUGUUCCUUCCCAGCGACGAGCGACUGGUCGGCGUUGUUCACGUCACCAAGGCCGCGAAGAAGAAGAAACAAAGCUUCCUCUGUGCUGCAGUUACGACAGAAAGGCCAGUAAAGGUGACCCUGUACAAGAUCAAAAAGAGUGAAAAGGGUGAUAUAUACAAGAAGGAGAGGGCAUGGUCCCUGAAAGAUCUGAAGAAAUUUGAUGGGAAAGAUGUUAAGAAGGAUACUGCAGAGUUCGAUUUACACUUUGAGAAAGUGUACAGGUGGAUUGCAAGCAGCGUGCAAGAGAAGAAUGUGUUCAUCAGCUGUGUUUACAAGCUGAUCACCAGGUAUCUGCCUCAUCACAAGCCAGAGUUCGAAAAUGUUGCUCAAGCACUUCUCAUAGAUGCUUCCAUGCAGAGCGAUGCUGCAGCCCCAGCACCAAGCAUCGAUGCGGUGGAUGGCCAGGAAUACCAGGCAUUGUCGGCAAAGGAGGAACUUGACCUGGAGAAGCUCAUGGGUGAGGCAAAUACAUCGAUCAGCAAUGCUGAGCAGUUCGCAGAAGAGCUAGCGAAGGACUUGUCGGUGCUGGAUGGGGCUAACCUGCGAUCGCUGAUGGCGUCCGAGCAGCAGGUCUCGGACAUCAUGGCCCUGCUAGAGAGGGGCAUUCUCGAGGCUGACCGCAUAGAGGCAAGGCUGGACAAGUACGAUCUACUCCUACAGGGCGUGAAAGACUACAUGGAGUCUGUGACGGAGAAGGACAGCAUGAUCAACGUGCAGACGACAAACAAGAACAAGUUGAUGAGUUGCCUUGACAACAUGAUCCAACAGCUGGAUCUGGCGCACACUCACAAGAGGGCGUUGCUUGACGGCGACCUGAGCCAGCCGACGGGACUGCGCGAGUGCUGCCAGGCGGCGCUAGCGCUCAGCAAGGCCAUGAGCGUCGACCUAGUAAGUGCCUCUGACCUUGACAUGGGUGGGUGCCCCGACCUUGACAUGGGCCUCUACCGGUUGACCGCGGUGCAAGACCAGAUGAAGUUAUUCGACAAGCUUCGUCAGACGUUCGCCAAACGACUCUCCCACCAGCUCAACAAUCUCAUCAUCCACCUGAGCAACGCUCAUGAAGUCGCAUGCCGGCUCCCUCACGCUGUCCAACCUCGACACGGUCAAGCUGCCACGACAGCCGCCUACGCGCAGCUGAUGAAGCUGUAUAUAACAUCGGUGAACAAGAUGUACGAGAGAGAGGUGCGGCAUUUCAUAGAGACGGCCAGGAUGAGUCUAGUCGGGCGCGGAGCGAGAGGGCAGCAGGACGUUGGGCCGGACGCCUCUCCCAUGAAGAAGGCAGGAAUCACGGACGAGACGCGUAAGCUCAUGCUGGAGCUGUUCCCCAACCUGGAGACGGACCUACAGAAGUUUCUGGAUGCCGCGUAUAUGGUCGAUGGCUUUUUCUCGCUGUACAUGCUGGUGAGAGUCAACCAACACGUCAUGUCCACACAGGAUUCCGGGUCUUUUCUCGGAAAAGUCCUGGCAGCGUGCCAGCUCCAAACCAAGCGAAAUUUCGACAAAUUCAUGAAAUCCCAGAUUAAGGCAAUAGAGGAUGCGAAGGUGUCAAAGAAAACUCGCUGUGGCAUCGUGUCAUUCGUAGCAAAUUUUGCGGAUUUCGCAGCGAGAGCCGAGGUGACCUUCAAGGGAUCGGACCGACACUCCGACCUUCAGAAGUGGUUCACACAGAUCGUGAGGGCCAUCUUCAGCAACAUCGUGAGGAUCGCUAAGGAACAUCCGAAGACCCCUCAGGAACUAGUGAUGUUAGAAAAUUUCCAUCACAUGUUUUCAAGUCUAUCACGACUGAAAAUCGCGAGUCUGGAGAACGAGAGAAAGGAAGCCAAACAAUACUACAACGAACAGCUCGCUGCAUACGUCACUGCCUACUUAGGGCGCCCUCUGGAGAAGUUAAAUAAUUUCUUCGACGGGGUUCAGGCGGUGGUUGCGCGCGGGGUGAAGGAGGAGGAGGUUGGGUACCAGCUCGCUUACAACAAGCAGGAGCUGCGGAAGACCCUCAAGGAGUACCCGGGAAAGGAGGUGAAGAAAGGUCUAGACAAUCUCUACAGGAAGGUGGAGAAGCACCUGUGUGAAGAGGAAAACCUCUUGCAGGUCGUCUGGCGGUCGAUGCAGGAAGAGUUCAUCAGGCAGUACAAGCACUUCGAGGACCUGAUCACUCGCUGCUACCCCGGUGCCAACAUCACGCUCGACUUCACCAUCAACGACAUCCUAGACUACUUCUCAAACAUCGCGCAGCAGCACUGAGCAGCCAGUGGGCGCCACGUGUAGCUUCGGCGGUACUACGUCAGAGGGAGCCACGUGUAGCAGCGGCGGCGAUGCUACGUCAGAGGGAGCCACGUGUAGCGGCGGCGGCGAUGCUACGUCAGAGGGAGCCACGUGUAGCGGCGGUGCUACGUCAGAGGGAGCCACGUGUAGCGGCGGUGCUACGUCAGAGGGAGCCACGUGUAGCGGCGGCGGCGAUGCUAAGUUAGAGGGAGCCACGUGUAGCGGCAGUGCCAACGUGUAUGAGCAGCAUUACCCGUAACCACUAGAGAAAGAAAUAGCAGCAAUUUCUGUGGCAAUUUCCAUGGCAAAAGUCCAGCGACUCUUACCGUUGCAGUAAUCUUUCAGUGAAGACAUAGAUAUUUGCUCAGUCGACACGUCACGUAAGCUGCAGGCUUCAUCUUUUUAACUAGACAUUGCUUGUAUUAGCAAAUAACGCUUGCACUGUCCUCUAUCCACUCGUUUUCCACGUAGAAAAAUUAUUACCAUUGAGAUACUUAGAACCAGCAGUUAAUUAGAAAACAAGGAAAUCAAUCAACAUUAUGUGGUAGAUAGUGCAGUGAGCAGUGAUCAUGACGUUUUUAAUUAAAUACGAGUUGCUUUUAUCGUUAUCAAGAA